AUGGUUCAUCUACAAUAUUAUUCUGUUGCUGUCUCGUUACUGCUACCUUCUUGGGUGGCCGCGCAGAAUUGCACCCUGCAGUUUGACGGCCGCGUUCCAUCCGACCUCGUCGCCGCCGACUUCGACUCGCCGAACAAGUUCUUCAGCGAGAAGUUCGUACUCGGCCAGGGGCUCAAGUUUGACCAAGCACUCCGGGUGCUCCCUGUUGCGGGAGGCUCUCUUGUGCGCUCAGCUCAUCCAAACGACAGCUCCAUCUUCAACAGCCAGGUCGGCUUCCGCCGCGCUGAGCUGAUCCCGGCCAGCAACGACGGCACCGACCCGAGCACUCAGGGCGUCAAGACGCUGCACUUCAGCGUCAAGAAGGACGCCGCGCGGCCGCUGAACCUGUCGCACGAGUACCAGCUCGUCUUUCUCGAGAGCAACGACUUCAGCACAAACCAGUUUGUCCUCAAGACCGGCACCAUCCUCGGCCAGAACACGGCCGACCCCGACACCCUGCAGGUCUUUGGCAACGUCAACCAGGGCCAGCUGCUCUUCAGCACCCCGUUUGUUGACGGCGUCUUCCACAACUUUGCCCUCAAGUUGGACUUUGACCAGUCGACGACCCAGGUGUUCUUCUCCGCCGGGGAGGACCCGCUCAAGGCCGUGACGGACGUGCUCAAGAAUGACCUCAGCGGGCAGGGCCAGUUCCACUUUGGCGUCCUCAAGAAGCCCGUUGGCGGCCAGGGCGACAUCACCAAGAACGGUUUCCAGGAGGCCGGCAUCAACGAGGGCAUCAUCUUCGGCGGCAUCUUUGAGGAGGACAGCGCCGACGGCUGCAUCACUCUGGCUGGCCAGAAGGCUUAA